AAUUCGGAAAGUCGUCCAAAGAAAAACAUUGUGAUUUUGGGUGCGCAUUGAUUGGCCUUUUUCGUGAAUAAACCGCAAUAAUUCAUCAUUAUUUGUUAAGAAGUCGCAAGAGGAAGUGUUAAAGUAUCUUUUUUGUGCAAAUAUUUCGUAUUUGCUAUGCGCAAUUUUCUCAUGAAAGUGAAAAAUGUGAGCCGGUUGUGUGACAUAACCUCCAAGCAGUGUUUACAUCGCAUCCGGAUGGAAUUUCACACCAGCCCCGGCAGCUGGAAGUCUCUGAAGGACUUCCUGCCCUCCUUCUGGGUGCCACGCACCGUGGAGGCUCCCUACAAGCAUGUCGUCCAGAUUGGUGAUCCUGUGCUGAGGCAGAAGGCAGGAUUGGUGCCGGAAGAAGACAUCGGCGGGCCGGCGGUGAAGUUUCUUCUCAAUCGCAUGUAUUACACAAUGCACGCCUUUAAAAUGUCUGGAAUAGCAGCUCCCCAGGUGGGAGUACCUCUCCGUGUCAUCCUGAUGGAAUUCCCCGAGGCGACAUUGAAGAAAUACAGCAAGGAAGUGGUGAAGACGAGGAAUAUGCAAGCGAUGCCAGAGACGGUUUUCGUGAAUCCAGAGCUGAAGGUCACAGACUACACCAAGCACACCUUUCCCGAGGGAUGUGGCAGUGUGAUGGGCUUCACGGCCGAUGUGACGAGGUACAAUGGCGUGGAGUUGUCGGGAUUCGAUGAGAAGGGAGUCAACAGGACCCUGAAACUGGAGGGUUGGAGUGCCCGGAUUGCUCAGCAUGAGAUGGAUCAUCUGGAAGGCACUAUGUACAUUGAUAUAAUGAAGAAGAAGUCUCUCCAGCUCGACUCCUGGGAGUUUAUCAACGCCCGCGCGGGGCGUGUAGAGCUAAAGUACUACCCUAAGUAGUUCGUAGGAAAAAUUGUCGGCGAAUGAAAAGUGUGUGUAAUUGGAAAAGUUCUUUAAAUAUUAUUUAAUUGCCGCCAGGAGGAUGAUUUAUGGGACAACGUGACGGAGAGACACAAGGUGGCAACAUGUGGGAGGACGUCAAUCAGAGAGAGGAC